UCUGCGUUUAAGAGAGGCUCCCGAGACACACCGAGCAGCAGUCGGAGAGUUUGAGUCAGAUAACGGUCAGGGAGCAGCACCGCGCGCCUCAGGUGAACCCACUGCACCCAGGCUACAAACGCGCGCGACGGACUGGCGGCGUUUACCGGCGCACCUGCGUGGCUUGACUCCACAGAGGAGCACGGCGAGAGCGCGAAGUGGUCGUGAAAUAAUUCGCUGCUUCAUCUUUUUCUCAUCCGCGCUAAAGGGGAAUGCCAUCGAUAAACAUGAAACUGGAAAUGGUGACGCUCAUCGCCUGCGAUGUGGACACGGAGGUGUUCGCGUCCGACAAAAUGCAGGAACGUUUCGAGUCACUGUUCCGGAUCUACGAUGAUCAGACGACGUUCCAGAUGUUCAAGAGUUUCCGGAGAAUUCGGAUCAGCUUCAGCACACCAGAGGCAGCAGCACGGGCCCGCGUGGAUCUGCACGAGUCUGAGUUCAACGGCUCUAAACUCGAACUCUACUUCGCACAGGUGCAGAACUCAGGUGAGGACGUGGAUAAAGCAUACCUGGCCCCGCCCCAACCCGUGAAGCAGUUCCUCAUCUCUCCGCCCUCUACCCCGCCUGUGGGGUGGAGCCAGAGUGAGGAUGCCACGCCCAUCAUCAACUAUGACCUGCUCUGCGCCGUGGCCAAACUGGGUCCAGGUGAGAAGUACGAACUUCAUGCAGGCACAGACUGCACUCCGAGCGUGGUCGUGCACGUGUGCGAGAGUGAGACAGAGGAAGACGAGGAGGCCCGACCCAAGAUGAAGUUCGUCCAGACCCGACGUCCCGACAGUCCCCCGAAAGUCUACAACUAAACGCCUCCUUCCCACCGCACGCGUCCUCUGUCUCGACCUGUCUCUUUCUCACACGGGGAGGGAAUGACCCUUCAUUUUGGCUCUAAUUAAAAAAAUCAAACAUGUAGACUGGGUGCUGAUGGGGGAGAAUCCCAAGGCGGAAGACUGGACUGUGCUGGUCUGGACCCGACGCUCUGACCCACAGAUGCAUCACUGUCUCAUAGACCAGACAGGUGGUGGUGGUGUCCCACCCCACCCCACCCUUCCACACACGUUUUAAUGUCCUCGCUAGCGCAUAGUUAUUCUCAGUAGUGUAGCACUAGGUGCUGUAGUAAUGUAUCUAUCUGUAUUAGUACAGUCAAGGUAGUGAAUUAUUAUUAGACUUCGUUACUGUCUUUCCCUGUCUGCUCAAUGAGGGAUCAAAACCUUUUUUUUUUUGUCGUUUUUUUAAAAAACUGGUUUCCACAUUGCCGUUUUUUCCCCUCAUGACUGUUAUCCUCUCGCGUAUGGGACGAUGGUUUGGGUUUGAACGCCGUGGGCUCUGGGUGUGUGGUGGAGCGGAUAUCACGUCAGUGACACGCUGGCACACAGAGAGACAGACACGGAUGUGCCGACGCAAAGACGCGCGGGCUGCCGUGGCUCCAUGAUGAACGGGUUGGCCACUUGGAAUCACCGCCCUUUUUUUAAACUUAAAUAGAAGCUUUGAGAUGUUUGUUUACUAAGCUAGUUGUGUGUUGUUGUUAUGGCUGUUAAUACUAUUCUAACCCUGUAUUUGAUACCACAUAUCUUUUGCAUGCUUACUGCAGUGGCUAAUGAGGGCCAGGUGUGUUUUCUACUGACCAACUGGAAUGGGGGACUUGGCGUGAUUGGUGUGUAUCCUGAAGACUGUACAGGUUGCUGGGUUACUGAAGACUGUACAGGUUGCUGGGUUACUGAAGACUGUACAGGUUGCUGGGUUACUGAAGACUGUGUGGCUGUUUCAGUGUGGGCAACUCGAAGGGAAGUUGAUUUACAAGUAGCUUUUAAAAGUUUGAAAGAAGAGAUUAUUUGGUAAAACAAACGACAAAGGAAAAGUCUUUGUUUAAUUUUUAAUGGCGUUACUCUGCUCUGUGCUUGUAGUCAUCUCCUGACUGCGUGGGGUCUUGUGAGUGCGGAGAGUUUACUACGCUCACACUCUUCCAUGUUCUAGAAUACUCUGCUCACACUCUUCCGUGUUCUAGAAUUAUCUGCGCACACUCUUCUGUUGUAGAAUUCUUCAUGUGCACUCAGCAGCCUUGUAUGACAUUCUGAAUCUGUUUGGUUAACAGUGCUGUGAAAUUCCAGAACUCCGUAACUGUGAGUGGAAUUGUGAGACCACGCGCCUGUCUGCAUGUUUUCUACUCUUUCUCUCGCUUCACCUCUUGAGAAGUCUAAUAUGAUGUUCCUUCUUCAUUAUACCAGCAACAACAUCAGCAACAACAGUCACAUUGAAGACUCACAAAAGUAAAAAAUGCAACCAAAAUUAAGAUUUUAAAUUUAAAACUUCGACCAUGUGAUUUUGUAAUGAUUUAUACUGGAGUUUUAAAUUUGGAAAGGUUAUAACACACAUCCACACACACCCACAUAUUCCCACACACAUCCACAGAUGGAAAAAGUCAGAACUGUGAUUUGUGAUGUGCUUCAAAAAACAGGUGCUGUGGGUUCCCAGUGACCAUUUCCUGCUGCAGCUGUACCGUGUCUGCUGUAUGACCCCAGAGGUCAACCAUCUAAAUGUGUGCAUGUCUAAGAACUGUCUUAACAGUGGUGGUCCAGCCUCCUCGGAGACCCUCCUCACCGAAGCUUCGCAUCACGGCCACAUCUGUGUGCUACAACUUUAACCUCCAUGUCCUUUCAAAGUUAUUGUUGUUUGUCUGGUAAAAACCACCAGUAUAUUAGUGAUUCUCACCAGUACAGUACUGGUUCCAUUGCAUGGCAUCAAUUGUUCUCUUUCCUGGAGAUCAUCUCAGUGUGGGGGCUUGUACUGUGAACAGAUGAAAAGGAUUUAUUUCAUGCUGGAGAGAGUGUGUGUGGGUGGGUGUGUGUGGGUGGGUGGGUGGAAGACUGAUUGCUGUUGAAAGCAUGAACAGUUUGAGAAGUGAAUGAAAGAAUCAGAUUGCAUUAAUGCUUUACCAAACACCAAGCAGGUUCACAUGUCCAAGGCUCCUCUUACACUGAUGGUGUUAUACCAACAGUCUUCUGUUUUUGGUUGUUUAUUGUGCUGGGGAAAAUUGGGCGUCUUUUCAGUGGUUACGGCUUCAAAGUUUCUUUAAUCAAUACAGGAAACAUGUUGGACUAUGUAUUGUGAUAAAAAUAAACUAAAACAAUUUCUUA